AUGGACGAUGCAGGUUCAGAGUCAACGGCUGUGCCCCUCGAUUUAUUACUACAAAUCACAGAUGGUUUUUCCGAGGAGCGGAAACUUGGUAGUGGUUCGUUUGGAGAGGUUUACUUGGGUGUGCAUCCAGACGGGCAAAAGAUUGCUGUGAAGAAGAUCUAUGAUAUGCCCGGGGUUGACGAGGAGCAAUUUCAUAAUGAGUUUAAGAACCUUGCAAGGCUGCAGCACCGAAAUAUUGUGCGGUUAGUUGGCUAUUGCCACCAUAUUCAGGAAGUACCAGCAAUGUACGAAGGAAAAUUGGUUCUUGCGGAAAAGAUACAUAGGGCGCUCUGCUUGGAGUAUAUGUCUAAUGGAAGCCUUGAAAAAUAUAUUUCUGAUGAAUGUGAUAAAUAUGAUUGGCACACAGGCUACGGAAUAAUUAAGGGGAUUUGCCAGGGUUUGAAAUACCUCCACACUAAAUUAGAGCCACCUAUUUAUCAUUUGGAUUUAAAGCCAGCCAACAUAUUGCUGGAUGAGAACAUGGUUCCCAGAAUUGCAGAUUUUGGGAUAUCUAGGCUGUUUGGAGAUGAACGAACGCGAGCUACAAAAAGUACUUUAGGAACACAAGGGUACUUACCGCCGGAAUACAUACGCAACUAUUUAAUCUCAAGUAAAUUUGACAUAUUCAGCCUGGGUGUCGUCAUCAUAAAGAUAAUGGCAGGACGGGCGGGCUACUACAAAAGCGCUGAAAUGUCUUCCCACGAAUUCACUAAUUUGGUACAGGAAAAUUGGACAAAUAGACCACAUGAAACAUCGAGUCUGAUGAAGGCAUAUUCCAAGCAAGUAAAGAUAUGUAUUGAAAUAGGUUUAAGUUGUGUGCAGGAGGAUCAACACAAAAGGCCAACUGUAAAGAAUAUUGUUGAUAGACUGAAUGAGACAGAAACUUUGUACGUCACAGAGUGUAUCUCCUUACUAUCUGGCCCAGGGAAAUUUCAUAAAUGA